GUGAGGUGAUGUUCAGUAACUGAAACAGCUAAAUCUUGCUUUGGGGAACAAGGUUGGUAGGCUGAAGGUUGGGUUAGGUGGUCUCUAAAUGAAUGAUCCUCUGGUCUAAAGUCACUUCUCUUCUUUGGGCCUUGUUUCCUGCUGUGCAAAAGAAGAAAGACUUAGUUGGAUUUUGAGCUUGAAGUUAGUUUUCCUAUGAAGAAGCUGCUUAACCUGCUUGGUCUCAGUUUCUUUCUAUGCAAGUAGGAGCUAUCUUACAAACUUGUUAGAAGGCUCAAGGUAAUAUGUCUCAGGCGCUUUGCAAUCCUCACAGAAAUCGAGAAAGAGCGGCUGUUUUUAUUGUGAUUAUUAGGUGGAAAUCGAGAAAGUUCUAAGAGCCUAGCUUUAGACCUGGGAUGAUGCUGAAGCCCAUCCCCUCAGGGAACCGUGGUUUUUUGCUUUGUGAAAUGGAGGGCUUUGGACAACUGGCCUGUGGGAAGCCCUCCAGUGGUAGGUAUUUAUUUCUAUUUGGAUAUUCUCCAACGCUGACCCUCAGUUUCCUUUUCUGGAAGGAAAGAAUUGAACUCGACCCCUGGUUUCUUACCCUCCCCCGGGGGAGGAGGGGUACGGAGCAAUGGGUUCUUACCCUCCCCCAUCCUUCCGUACUCUCUCACCCCCCCCCCAUGCCGUGUGUUACUUUAACCUAUCAAAAAGCAUGUUUGUGGGGGGGCGGGGGAGAAGAUCUCGGAGCCGGCGCAGGGUUCCAGCGUGAGAAUCUCGGCGCCCAGUCGCGUGACCUUACGGUUUACCCCACAUCGAAGGUCACUGGCGGGAAAAGGACUGUGUGACGCAGGCAAACAGAAGCUCCCAUUGCUAGGCACCUAUUGCUAAGCAGCCAUGCCUGGUGAUCACAAACGCAUUCGAGGUCCAGAGGACUCGCAGCCGCCCAUCCUUUACGCGCCUCCGGAGCAAAUCGUCGAGGCCCAGGUUCAAGAUUUCAUCCCGAACCGGGACCCCCGGCGCCAGCGGCCUGUGUAUAUCAGGGCAGGUCAGACCAGUCAGGCUACUGGCUCUUCUUACUUAGAAUCGGGAGAUACUAAGAUAGUUGCUUCUGUGUACGGUCCGCGCCAAGUAGAAGGGGGGGAGCCACUGACCGGCCUCCAAGGGCGCCUGAUAUGCGACUUCCGCCGGGCACCUUUCUCGGGGAGGGGCAAGAGGAGAGUUCCUUCCAGCAACAACAGGGAGGAGAAGGAAAUGAGCCUGGCACUUCAGGAAGCUCUCAUGCCGGCAGUUCAAUUGCUGCGCUACCCCCGUGCCCAGCUCGAAGUUUACGUUUUGGUUCUCGAGGAUGGUGGCGCAAUUUUAGCAUCUGGUAUCAUUGCCGCUUCCUUGGCCUUGGCAGACGCCGGCAUAGAGAUGUUCGACCUGGUGUCAGCGUGCAGCCUGGUUCUCUCCGGAGACGCCGAGCCCGUUUGGCUCUUGGAUCCUGUUCUGUACGAGGAGCAGCAGGCCUGCGGUGGCCUUACCGUGGCCCUUAUGCCCGUGCGCAACGAAGUGUCAGGCCUACUGGGCAGUUCGGAAGGCUGCAGCGCCGAGGUCUGGGCAGAAGGGGUGCGCCUCGGUAUGGAAGGUUGUCAGCGCCUCUACACGACCCUGCACAAGUGCCUAGUGAGGUCCACUCGGAGAAGAAGACACGAAGUCCAGAUCCAGGCUCAAGCCCGGAGAGCGGUAGAGAGGGAUUUAGCUGCCCAGGAUCUCCCGCCAACUCUACCACUUCCACCUGUUCCUCACUCUCCUGGUGAGGCCUCUGAGUAAUUGGCCAGAUCCGGGUGCCCACCACGGCACCUCUCUCCCUCCCCCAGCUGCAGCCCACGCAGACGCUACUCUCCACGACAGCAGUCCCAAAAUUCCUUUCUGCCCUUCCUCCACUCCCCACAAUUUGAUCCUUUGGAAAGCAGAUGCCAGAGCCCAGUCCAUUGCCCUCACACCCACCGGAACCAUCUUGCCUCCUGGAAAUGGGAAAUCUGGCUCUCCACAUCCUCUCCACCCACUUCUCCCUCGAGAAAGCCGGGAUGCCCAAGAAGCAGGGACUGCCCCGGCACCGGAACACCUUCCACUUGCACUGCAGUUCUCCAGAGAUCCAGAGGAUGGCACCGAGGGGAAGGUGGAGGGAGACAGACGGAACCGCUACUACAUCCACACAAGGAGGGCCUCUUCCCAACUGCUAUCCCACCCCCAUCCACCCCCUUUUCCCCCACCCUCAGUUCAU